GACACUGAUCAGGACCCACUGGUAUGGCAGUGAUCAGGAUGACGAUGGCAGUGAACAGGAUCCACUGGUGUGGUAGAGAUCAGGGACACUUUAUGAACAGGCACACUGUAAGGUGAUCAGGGCCACUGAUUGGGCCACUGUAUGGUGAUCAGGGACACUGCUGGGCCACUGCGGUGAUCAGGGACACUGCUGGGCCACUUGUGUGGCGAUCAGGGACACUGUGGCAAUCAGGGACACUGUGGCAAUCAGGGACACUGCUGGACCACUUGUGCGGCGACCAUGGACACUGCUGGGCCACUGCGAUGAUCAGGACACUGCUGGGCCACUUGUGUGGCGAUCAGAAACACUGCUGGGCAACUGCGGUGAUCAGGGACACUGCGGUGAUCAGGGGCACUGCUGGACCACUGUGUGGUGAUCAGGGACACUGCUGGGCCACUUGUGUGGUGAUCUGGGCCACUGCGGCAAUCAGGGACACUGCGGUGAUCAGGGAGACUGCUGGGACACUGCGGCGAUCAGGGACA